CUCUAAGGGCUGCGCUAUACAAGAUUUUACAUAUUAUCAGCGGCAAUGUAGGUGAGGAGCGCGGCGGUAGGGCACCCCGCGCGCAGUUUGUUUCGAUUUUGAACUUUAUGACAUGCGACUGCGCGUAGCGACAACCGGAGCUUAGAACCGAUUCGUCAUGAAGAUUGAAAAUUGCAGAUUGCGCGGAUGACUGUUGACACCUCGUGGGCAUCUGCAUGUUUACGCGCGGUUUUCAUUUUUGUGGGAUUACGGGAACAAAAUAUAGUUGCUAUGUUACUCGCUUAUAAUGUCGCUUUUUAUUGGUGAAAAUUAAAAAAAAACCGGUUUAGUGGUUUAGGCGUGAAAUCGCAGCAAACAAACAAACUUCUGCUUAAUAGGAGAGGGGUCUUUGAGCUUAGACCCAAUUCGCUGAUUUAAUGAGGGUUAGUUUAUUUAUCACCUAUAGGUAAGCAGAUCUACCUGUAGGUACCUAACUUUACUACCUACCUAUCUAUAUAUUUAAGUAGCGAACGUCCGUGUGGAAUUUAGUUUAUCACAAACCCCUUGGGAAUCAUGGAUUUUUCCGGGAUCAAAACUAGCUUAUGUGUUAAUCCAGACAAUAUCUCUAUUUCAUUUUCAGGUGAUUCGGUUCAGUAGCCGAGGCGUGAAAGAGUAACAAAUAUUCAUACCGUCAAAAUCAUCAGGUUUUCGCAAAUCUCGGGAAUCCGUGGAUUUUUUCGGGAUAAAAAUCUAUGUGUUAAUCGAGAGCAAAAUCUAUUUCCAUUCCAAAUUUUAGUCAAAUCGCUUCAGUAGUAGCGGAGUCAAAGAGUAACAAAUAUCCAAACAAACAUACAUCUAUACAAAUUUUCGAGUUUAUAAUAGUAAUAGGAUUACGUGUAGGUACCUACAUAUCUAAUUAGUAUCUAAUCCCGCGUCAAUUUGUGUAACAAUUAUUUAUUUCUAAUUCGGAAUCUUCGGAAUAAUAUUUGUAAACUAAAUCUCUAAAACCAAUUGAAAUGAAUGCCCAUUGCCUACAAGUUUUACGAUGUCUAAAACACAAUAAGUAUAUCGUCUUUCCGUUUGGAAGAGCACAAUAAAUCUCUUACUAAGAAAUGAGAGUUGCAAAAAGGUCGCUUUUUUGUCGGCGCCCAGGCAGUUGGCGAAUACCGUAUUGUUCCGGAACAGAAAUAGGGCGGGGGAUGUAAUAAUGACUGCAGUAGGGUGCAAUGGAACUUUUACCUGAGCUCCGGUAAUGCACGGAGGGGUGGUUUAGUAUCAUUUAGUGCGUAUUUGGUGUUAGUUGUGUUAUACAAAUGAGUGCGAGAAGCAAAAUUGAGAAAUGGUUGCUUGCUGACUGGAGUACCGGGAAUAAUAAUCUCCCUGUGGUGGGUGAAGAUGUGAAAAUCAUGACUUUGCAGCCAAACGAGGGUGCCGUGGAAGAAGAAAUGGUUUACGAACGACCCCUUUUGGAACAACAACUGCGCCUCACGAAAGCGAAUGAAAGUAAGAAUUCAAAAGACGAUAAUAUUCCUUGCGAAGGCAGAGACUAUUCACCAAGCGGCUCUUCCUGGGCUCCUAGUGAUGAGGAAUCUUCUUCUGAUGAGUCCGACGACAAAGAAACAAAAACAAUGAAAAUGGAACAAUACAUACAACAUUAUGCUAAGAGAAGGAACGGAAAAAAUGUACCUCUCCCUGUACAUAGACCUAACGCGGUCGUAAACGUUUUAAAAGAACGCCAAAACAAUUUAAACAAUAGAUCUAAUGAUCAAAGCCGAAAAAGGAAGCACAAAGAAACUCGAGGCGGUCAUAAGUCUUUACCUGAUUCUACUAAAAAACAUUUGACUGCACCUAAAGUUUUUGUGGAUCGAAUAAAUGUAAACAAAAAAAAUAUUAUGGACAUGAAAGCUAGUUUUGACGAAUUAUUUAAAAUUAUCGAAAACAUGAAGCCUGAAAGCGAAAGGCGUACAAGUAACUUUGAUAACACACAAGCUCAAUCAAUGCUAUUCAAUGAACAUAGUAAUAGAAAUAAUCCAAACCACAAUAAUAUAGAUGUAUAUGAAAUGAAUGAAAAUGAUAGCGAGAAAAGUCGAAGUGAAGAUUCAAAUCGUUCAGACGACAAUGUUCUUAUUAGCAAUAAGUACAGCAAAGUACGCGAAACAGGAGAUGACCAAAAUCAACAAAAUGUUGACAAACAAAAUAACGUGUCACACAACGAAUUAGACGAAUGGGUGCCAAUUGGAAGUGGAAAGACAUUGAUACAUAAGGAUAAAUUUAGGAAAGUAAAUUGGAAGUCGUACACGAUUGCAACUAGGACGUUAUUGCUGGCCACCUUUCCAAGAAGGAUAUUAGCGACUCACUCGUUAACAGGAAAACGGUCACCAGCCUUUCAAGAUAAACCAGCGAAAAUGUGUCUAGAUCCGAAAAUUGUUUCAGACAUCAUUAUUGAAAUCACAUCAAAAUUUAAUGUCAAGGAAAAUCUAGUGAGGAGUGCAAUCACGACAAAAUGUGCUGACGAAUGCAAAAUGUUCAAAAUGAGAACACUAAACAAAAACAAAUUAACAAAACUCAAAGAGAACGCACCGCCGUUGAGAAGAGACAAACUGGAACUUAGACAAGUGAAAAACGAGAUUAAAGGAGCGCAAGAAAAGUAAAAACAAUCCAUAGAUGAAUCUCAAUAUCGUUUCGUAGUUAAAGAUUCAUCAACAGGAUUAUUCUCUAACUCUAAAAUGGUUAAUGGUUUUCUAUUCUUCCAAGAAACUGAGAGUUUGUGAAUAACCCAGUAGUUAAAGCAAUAAUACUUAAUUAAUUAUUUAAGAUGGAAUUACCAAAGGAUUAUUUCGAAUUCUAAGCUGACAUGAUGACUUAUGUUUUUAAUUUUAAGUGUUUAACAGUACCAUUAAUACUCAUUACUUAUAGUUUAAGCUAUUUAAGUUGUAUUAAACACUUCAUUUCUCA